AUGACUUCCCCAAGAUCACAUGCAUGGAAGAGUCAAUGUGACUUUGGUUUUGUAUGGGACAAAGCAUUUAAUUUUAUCACACUGUCUUCUUUUGGAGGUCAGAGCCUUCUGUGUGAUGUCCUACUCAUUUUUCUCUACAUCUCUUCUCCCCUUUUAAGUGUAGUAUGUGUCAGCCAGCGUCUUGGAACCUCCUCGGUCUCCAACACAUGCCCAGCCCUGCACUGGAAUCCACCCCUGUGGGACCCCCUGCCCUUCAAACUCUUCCCGGGCCCUUCCACUCUAAACUUGAUUUCAUCCAGUUCAACUUCAUCCUGCCUUCUUCUCCUGGGCCAUCCUGAACUUCUCUGA